GCGGGGGCGGAGGGGGGGGCGCCCGUCGUCUCGGACGCGGAGUGGGUGAGGCGUGCGACGGCGAGGGCUGCGAUGCACCCGGAGCGUCGAGCGGCGCUGCAGCAGCAGCAGCAGCAGCAGCAGCAGCAGCAGCAGCAGCAGCAGCAGCAGCAGAGCUUGCCCACCCCCUCCUCUUCGGGCGGCGCUUCUUCUUCCUCUGGUGGCGCUGCGUCGGGCGCGGCGUCGGGCGGGGCGGCGGCGGAGCGCUCGGCGAGCCCUGCUGGCGGAGGCCCUGCUGGCGGAGGCGCUGCUGGCGGAGGCGCUGCUGGCGGAGGCGAGGAGGAGGGCGGAGCCGCGGCGGAGCGGGGUGCGGCGAGCAGUGCUGCGAGCAGGCCGAAGAAGCGACAAGCCCUCGACAAGCCCAGCUCGAGCCGCGCCGCAAAGGGGAGCGCUGCCAAGCGAAUGGUGCGCCGCCGCACGCUCCCCACCACAGCUCCGCCUCUCUCGCGGCCUCUCUCGCCGCUGGUGCGCGUCGCGCUUCCGGCUCGCGGCAAGCGGGCGUUUGGGUGGCGCUCGUUUGCGGCGCGGCGGAGGAGGAGGGCGGUGGCGGGGGCUCUUCUCCCGCCCCGCACCUCUCUCCCGCCCCGCACCUCUCUCCACCCUUGGGCUGCGUCCUCUUCUUUGGGCGCGUGCGGGCUUGCGCGAGAGUGAUGCCGGGCGGGGGCAAGGGAGGGCGGGAGAGGGGCG